AUGUUGAAUUAUUAGCAGCCAGCACUUCAACCAUAAAAUACGACCUAAAAUAACUUAUAAUUUAUUUAUCAAGAAGUGCUUUAAAUGUAACAAAUAAAUGAAACAUUAAAAUAACAUUAAAACACAACAUCCUCUGAAUUAGAAGCACUUAAAAAUAAAUUAGAGUAAAAUAAAACUCACCUAAUUCAAUCUAUUUUUUAAAAAACAGGGUAAGAUAAAUCCAAACCCAAUUAAGUUUAAAAUAUUGGAGAGUUUUAAGGCUAUGUUGUUUAAGUACUUUUUUCAAUAAAUCAUAAAAUAGUUAGAACAGUCAAUGGGUGGCUAAUUAAAAUAGAUUCGAGAUAAAAAUUAAAUCAUCAUCUCAGAAUUAAUUAAAGCCCAUAAAUUGUUAGAAAAAUAUGCUAUCUCAAAAAGAAAAUUAAACAAAAAUUCAGCCAAAGAAUUGGGUCUAAUUUAAGAUAUUGAAGAUUUAAGAGCAAGAGCAUCUAUCAUCAACAAUCGUCUAUAAGAAGUAUUAUAUAAUAUUAAUCAUUUAGCAUGAAAACAAAGUAUAAUUUUCUGAAGAAUAUACUGAUUUAUCAAAAAAUCCAAGAAUUAUUGAUUUUAAUGAGCAAUCUAUUGAGCUCAUUAAGGAAUUAAAAAAAGAUUAUUUAGCUAGCAAAAUUACAUUAGAUAAGAGUCAACACAAUAUUAAAAAUAUGCUUGAAAAUCUAAAUGACACAAAUAAAUAAACAAAAUGAGAUUAUAUAUACAC